GAACUCUUCAGUAGGUCUUCUCGUUGGAGAAACCAUACCUCAGCAGUGGACUCCAGAACAUGCUAAAUAGAGUCAAGUUGGAAAUUAAGGACCCUAUGGACUGGAAUACCAUGUACCAAGAGAGUGAGAUAUAUUCUGGAAUACACAACAUGAACAAUGGCUUGCCAAGCAAUUCCUUCUUACCAACUGAUGUUUCCACAGUUCCAACAAGCAUGCCUUAUAUGAGUAAUGGCUUAUCAGGGCCUGUUACCAGUAUUCAGGGAAACCUAGGCUCUCUUGGUUCCAUGACCCAAGGGAUGGUGGGAUCCCUUGCUCCUCCAGCUUCCACUCCUGCCUAUCCUAUGGGCUAUUGCCAAGGAGAGUCGGAAUUUCAGAGAGAUCCCCGUACCUAUCGUAGGAAUUACUCCCAUGCUAAGCCCCCAUACUCUUACAUCUCCCUUAUUACCAUGGCAAUACAGCAGGCACCCAACAAGAUGAUGACACUAAAUGAGAUCUACCAAUGGAUCAUAGAUCUUUUCCCUUACUACAGGCAGAAUCAGCAAAGAUGGCAGAAUUCUAUUCGCCAUUCACUAUCCUUCAAUGACUGUUUUGUCAAAGUUCCACGUUCUCCAGAAAAGCCAGGUAAAGGCUCCUAUUGGACUCUGCACCCUGAAUCUGGUAAUAUGUUUGAGAAUGGAUGUUACUUAAGAAGGCAGAAGAGAUUCAAAUGUGAAAGGAGCAAGUCUGGAGAACGAGAGAAAAAAGUAAACAAGCCAGGGGAUGAGAAUGGAGGGAGCUUGAAGGAGACUCCAGUUGGCUAUGAUGACUGUUCCUCUUCAAGAUCACCACAAGCUCCAGUUAAUGAUGGGGGCAGGGACUCCACAGGAUCAAGUAUUCAUCAGGCUUCAGGGGGUUCACCAGUUGGCCUUAGCCCUACAUCUGAACAAGCAGGAACAGCAUCUCAACUCAUGUAUCCAUUAGGUCUCUCUAAUGAUGGCUAUCUUGGCCUAGUUGGAGAAGAUGUCCAUUUGAAGCAUGAUCCUUUCUCUGGGAGACAUCCAUUUUCUAUCACACAACUAAUGUCUUCUGAACAGGACCAAACAUACCCCAGUAAACUUGAAAUGUGUCCAACCACAGACCAUCUUGUCCAUUACUCUAACUACAGCUCUGACUAUCACAACAUGGCCUCAAAAAAUGGACUAGACAUGCAGACAUCAUCAUCCACUGAUAAUGGAUAUUAUGCCAACAUGUAUUCCAGACCUAUCCUCAGCUCCCUUUAAAGAUUUGUUUUUGUUAUGCUUUACAGACAUUUCUUAUAUAAAAUAAAUGCCAUCAAGGUCACUGUAUAACCUACAAGCAGAUUCUUAAAAACCCAGUCGUUUUUGAGACGCAUUGAUCGUGAUUCUAAACCAGAAUUUAGAAUAUCACUCAGUAAGAGAAAAUAUGUGAAAUUUGUAUUUAUUUAUAAUGCUAGAUUGACCAAAAGGCAUUGCCUACCUUGUCCUUGAAAAAUAUUCAUAUAAUAUUAUUAAGGAAUGUACGAUAUCAGCUUUCUGUUGUAAAUGUUGUAUAGGCAAGAUGCCUGUUAAAAUGGAUCACUAGUACAACGUCCUUCAAAAGUAAUCAUUAUGUGAUAUUCUAAUUAUGUAUUUGGGGUUAAUAUACUAUACUGGGAGCAGAUUUUGCUGUUUUAAAUAUGUACAUAACGUUUCAUGUUUUUUCUAUGAUAUUUAAAGUUGAAUAGCAUUUAAAGGUGUCAGUUCUAAAUGUUUUAUUUUUGUGUGUUCCACAUGAAACCUGUUUUUCCUUAUGUCUGUGCUAUUCUUGAUAUUAAUAUAUAAACUUGUUCAAUUAAAA